CCGCCCCCUGGUGACGUAAUGUCACUUCCUGUCUGUCCCAUGACAGCCCCGGAGGUCGGGAGCCGGUCGGUCUGGGCGGAUGGAUCCGCGGGAGGUGAAGGACCGGAUCCUGGAGAACAUAAACCUAUCUGUCAAGAAGUUACAGAGCUACUUUGCUGCAUGUGAGGAUGAGACCCCUGCCAUCCGCAACCACGACCGGGUCCUGCAGAGGCUGUGUGAGCACCUUGACCAUGCCCUGCUGUACGGUUUGCAGGACAUUUCGUCGGGUUACUGGGUGUUCGUCGUCCACUUUACCCGCAGAGAAGCUGUGAAGCAGAUUGAGGAUCAGCAGCAUGUGGCGACGCUGCUGGGCCGCAGUCGCGCCUGGCUGUACCUGGCACUCAACGAGAAUUCCCUGGAGAGUUACCUGAGGUUAUUCCAGGAGAACCAAAGUCUUCUACAGAAAUAUUACUACAAGAAUGCCUUGGUCUGCAGCCACGAUCAUCUCGCCCUAUUCCUCACCCUCGUGUCCGGCCUGGAGUUUAUUAGAUUUGACUUAGAGCUGGAUGUUCCUUACCUGGACCUGGCUCCUUACAUGCCAGAAUACUACAAGCCCCAGUAUCUCCUUGACUUUGAAGAUCGGCUGCCCAGCAAUGUUCGUGGUUCUGACAGUUUGUCUCUCAAUUCCUUUAACUCCAUCAACUCCACCAACCUGGAGUGGGACGACAGUGCCAUUGCUCCUUCCAGUGAAGAUUAUGAUUUUGGAGAUGCUUACCCUGCAGUGCCGUCCGUCCCCAGCACAGACUGGGAAGACGGAGACCUCCAUGAUGGCAGCAGCUUCCCCAGCUCUGCACCAUUUGUGCUCAAUGGCCCCAAAGCGCAAGGGAAGAGUUCAGUGCACCGAUACAACCCGUUUACACAAGAUCUGUCACCUUCUGAUGUCACCCCAGGGCCAGGCACGGCGGCCGACACGCCCGACACCAGUGACCCCAUCACACAAGACUCAGAGCUUGAAGUUGUGUCCUCAGAAACCGCCCUGUGUUACAAUCGACUCCCUCGGGCCAUUCACCAAGACGUGACUGAUGGCCUCUCCACCUCUGAAUCGACUCCGGUGCACGGUGCAUCCCAGAAGACUGGAGCAAACUUCACUACAUACACGGAAAACAACUCCGAGCUGGAGGUGAUCAGGAUAGUAAGAAAGAAAAGAGGAGGAAAGCGUAAGAAAGCUCACUCAGAGGAUGGUGGCCCCCAGCCUCUCCUCAGCACCUCAGAGCCUGAUGACCCAGAGAGUGAACACAACACACGUGUUUGUAAUGGUGACGUAGAAGAGAAUGCCGGUGAGGUGACCGAGCCCGCUCUACGAUUGCCCAAGAUGCAGGACACUUCCAUGGAGCAAGUGGGGCAGCCUCUGAGCGAAGUCAUUGAAAAGCUGAACGGCCAACUGGAACCUCACAGUUGGGACUCUCACCCAGAACCCUCAGACCAUUCCUUUCGGACCUGCUCGCCGGGAGAGACCCCCGGUGCAGUCCAGAGCCAAGACAUUAGCCAGGGAGUACAGGACCCCAGGGACUUCUACUACUUUACCCCAGAGAGUCCAAACACUCCUACAGCAGGUGGUGGCAACAAUGACCCUGCAAGCCAGAGCAAACCAGCACAUGUUCUUAGUGGCCCUGAGGAUGCUGGACAAGAAGAAGAAGGAACACAAGGAGACACAGAGAUUAAAGAGAUCAUAGAAGAUCAAAGCAGCAAGCCGCUCCUGAGCACUGACUCUGGUGGGAAUAGUAGUCCUGUGCUGAGCAUUGCAGAAGACUCUGGAGUAGAGGAAGGACAAGGGAGUCCUGCUGAAGCCCCGCACCCCUGCGAGUUCAGGGUGGAUAAUAACCUUCUCCUCCUGCUGAUGCUCCACGUCUUUAGAGAGAAUGAGGAGCAGUUGUUUAAGAUGUUCCGGAUGAGCACGGGACACACGGAGGGAGACCUGCAGUUGGUUUAUGUGCUGCUGACUGACUGCUACAUCUACCUGCUGAGGAAAGGUGCUGCUGAUAAACCGUACAUGGUAGAAGAAGCUGUGUCGUACAAUGAGCUGGACUACGUCUCAGUCGGCCUCGAUCAACAAGCGAUGACCCUGGUGUGCACAAAUAGACGGCGGCAGUUUCUGGUGGACACUGCGGACCAGUUACUAACUGAACUCUUCAUCUCUGCGUUAAAGUCAGCCAUGAUAAAUGGGUGUCGGGAGCCUCCGUACCCCGGUGUCCUUACCGAUGCCACGAUGGAGAGACUUUCCCUGGCAAAAUUUGUGUCUCAAGAGUCCAAAAUAGAGGCCUCAGAAGUGGCCAUGCUCUACUAUGGACUUGUGCACUGGGAAGAUCCUUUUGAUGAACCAUUAAGAUCGCCUGAAUCAAAUUUCUUCUCCAGAGACCAAGCUGUGUCCAAGGAAGGUGUCCUUCAUUACAAGGCCAGCACGUCCUACCUGGGCAGGGAGACCUGGAAGACAUGUUACGUGGUGCUCAGUAACGGCAUCUUAUACCAGUACCCGGACAGGAUAGAUGUCAUCCCCCUGCUGUCCAUCAAUCUUGGGGGAGAGCAGUGCGGAGGAUGCAGGAGGGCCAACACCACAGAGAGGGCACACUCGUUUCAGGUGAUCCUCACCAAUCAGCCUUCCCUGGAGCUCAGUGCUGCCAAUGAGGUAGAAAUGGCGGACUGGAUGUUACACUUGUGCCAAGCCGUAUCUAAAGGGGUUAUCCCUCAGGGUGAUGUUCCCUCCCCGUGUAUUCCCUGCUGUCUAGUGCAGACACAAGACAAAAUCAUCACGUGCCACCAGGAUUGUCAGACCAGCUUCUUCCGAGCCCUCGGCAUCAGUGAGUUAACGGACUUGUCAUGUGUGAGCACCGUGGAUGGGAAGGAGUACUGUAUACUGGAGUUCACACAGGAGCGGAGUCACUUUCUGCUGCCCUGGGUCUUGUAUUUUAGCUGCAGGCAGGAGCUUGAGCGUUUUCUGUCCUCUCUGAGGUCAUCGUGGAAAUCCAUAUACCAGGUGGACCUUCCUCAUAAACUGAUGCCGGAGUCCUCUGUGAAGAAGUGUGAAGAUGCCUUGUCGUUGAUCCACAGCAUCUGGCAGCGCAGUGACAGCCUGUGCCGCGGCCGCUCCUCCCGGGACCCCUGGUGUUGAUAAUCAAGCUAGUGCCAGUCCAUGAGAUGGUGGGAUGGCCCCUGCAUGACGAUCAGUCCCAGUGCUUGGUGGACUAUUGGUGUGGACAUCUCUGGGACUGUACUGCUAUACAUGUAUCUAUGUAUAUUUAUAUAUAGGACAGUGUAUAUAUGCUGCCAUUCCGCUGCUUCAACCCACAGGAUGGCUUCUGUACGUCGGAGUCCCCUGGAAUGUCCUUACAGAAGAUGGGACGCUUUACAUUGCUGCUGCUAACCCUACCACUGGCAUCACAUGGCACCCGUAUAUACCUGUUGCUCAGUAUAAUAUGUAUCAGGGUGUGGUGUGUCUGCAGCAGGGGUGAGCGCCGGGCCUGGAGAGUGCAUGCCGCUGCUGGUUCAGUCCACAGAAGUGGUGGAAAAUGGAGGGAAGUAAGAACCUGCAGGUCCUUGUGCAUGCUUGUAGUCACCUAUGGCACUGACAACUGAGAUGCUGUGGGCGUGGACAACUAUGUGGACCCAGUUGUCAGGGUUAUCAGGUUGAAUGGUUGAGUUAUUAACUGGGUGUAUUGUGCCCUAACACAUUGCUGCUUUUUAGAUUCUAACAAUUUUUACACAAGUAUCGUCAUUCCCAUCAUCAUCAUCAUCAUCAUCGUUGGUGGGUGGGUGGGUGAGGGAGGGGGUCACAGUGCUCAAUUCGGGGCCUUGUGGAGAAUAUAGAAUGAGACUGGUGACUUCCACAUCGUGCCUUCUGUCUGAGCGUACAGGACUAGGUGGUUUUAAUGCUGUGCUGAUACACGUUCAUGUCCGACCCGUCAUCUCCUCCUGAUGAUUUUAAGAUGUGGAGAGAUCUGCUGUACACGAAACCUCAAAACCUACUGGCUUUGUUACAAUGUAGCAGUGCAGAUAAAAUAUAUCCGGCUGUUUUAGCUUACAGAGGCCUAGACUGAUACAGUUGUUACAAACCCUCAGAAGUUUUAUGUUGGGUAUGGCUGUAAAUGGUGAUGUUUUUAUUUGCUGAGAGCAAGCAGAGAUCUUAAAUGGUGGGGAAUGGAAAUUGAGUUUGCUGGAAAGUCGCAGAACUAAUAAUUAAGAGAAUUUAUUUACAGGAGGCUCAUAAAGUGUUGCUGUGCUGCCCCCUGCAGGUGGUGGGGGUAAAUGCAGUGGUUUAUAUGAUGGCUUGUUCUACAGGACGGGCUGCGUAUACAUAUGGUGUAAUAAGGAUGUCACAGACUCGGCUCCGUGGUAUAUUUCCUCUAAGUUCUUAUAUACUGACGUACAGUCAUACUGAAGCCUUCGUCUACGUUCUGCUCUUUAUCCGGCAGCCUCUUCUAUGGAAAACUGCAUUGCCGUGCUGACUGUAAAGAGCCAAAUACUGCAUGCCAUGCAUUACUGCCACACUAUGUAACAGCGGGGGAGGGGAGCACUCCCUCCCCCCAUUCCCUCGGGUUCUCUGCUGGUAGCUAUCUGUGCAGCCCAUGUCUCCGUAGAGCCUCACGGAGACGCCAUUCCUUGUUUGCGCUUUUUUGUAUGCAUGAGUCCGGGUGCAUCUUUAUUUAACCCUUUGCACUGAAUGACAGCAGCUCGGACAAGUCAGUGGAGUUUUUAAUAAUUUACACACAUGGGGGAGGGGGUUAUACCGGGAGGGAUCGCCCUGAUCUGUCUGCGCUCUCACUGUCUCGUGUUACCACUAUUUUACUUUCCGCAUUUUGUUUCGUUUUUCCUAUCUUAUUUUUUUGCACCUGGCGCCGUUUCUGAUGUUGACCUUCAACUCCAGCUGUGCCAUCUUGCGACAUUUACUUACAGAUUUGUUCCCGGUGCCUUGUGCCACUUUGUAUUUAUUUGUCCUCCUGUGAAUGAUGAUGGGUAUGGCGGUGGCUGGACUGGGCAGAGCCUGGGUCUGACCCUCAUGACCUAGUGCAGGGAUGCUCCACCUGCGGCCCUCAAGCUCUUGCAAAACUGUAGUUUUGCAACAGCUGGAGGACUGCAGGUUGGGCAUCCCUGACCUGUUGGAUUUUAGAGGAUUUUGGGAUGUAGUAGCUGAACAUACUGGGUCUUGGUACAACAUGUCCUAGUCCUGACCUCUGAGGUGUGCAGGGAGAAGAUUGGGCGGCUGCUGCUUGUAUUGUACUUUCAGCUCUGCUUCAUCCUUAUAAUAUCUGCCCCAUGUAUGUAAAUAAACACUAAAUAUUCACACUCAUUGGUGACCACAUCGUAAUAAACCGCUACAACACUUCUA